ACGUGCGAGUCGUCUCCUUGCCAAAAUAAUUCCACCUGUCAAGAUUCCUUCGACUUCUAUAAUAUUUUCAAAUGUAUCUGCACUCCAGGUUACACUGGAGAGCAGUGCGAGACAGAAAUUGACGAGUGCCUCUAUUAUCCCUGUCUGCACAAUGGAACAUGUCAUGAUUUUGUAAACUUUUACAAUUGCUCCUGCACACGUGACUAUAAUGGUACUAAUUGUGAACACGAAAUCAUCCAUCCAAUUACAAAUCUAUCUUUGUUGCCUUCGCUGUCUGUUCAUAAAUUUGGGGAAAGCAUUCUCGUCAAAUGGGAAAUGGAUGAAGGUACUCGUGUGUCGGUGAUGGUGCACUACAAUGGUGUCCCAUGUUGCAAUGUCACCCAAUUGAUGCACGUAGGGAGCCAGUGUGUUUGCCUGGUGUCGGACCCAAACCUCUUCGACCCCGAUGGGCUGGUAGACAUAGAGAUUCAUGCCUCAAACCCAGUUUCCAACGAAAUUCGCUCCGUCGCGGUGGAAGUACGAAAACUGAUCGAAAAUCCUACGAUAUCGAUGCUCACGAGCUACUCGGCAUUUGGAUCUGGGGUCGAAGGUCGUGGUAGCCUACAAAACGUGUUUCCAGCGGAAUAUCCUGUAAAAAUUAGCGCGCAGUAUCAAUAUGGACCGGCUAAAAAUACUACUUGGAUUUUUGACUGUAGUAUUUCCGGUAUAACAUUAGAAUCGCAGUUGAACGUUGAUAAAACGUUUCCAAAUGAUAAGAGCCAAUUGUGUGACGUAAAACUCACAUUAAAGAACAGCUUUAGUGAAGUGUCAACAAAUAGAUCGAUAGUCUUGAAAGAAAGUGUCAUUCUUAAUAGUUUGACCAACGACGGUCCUGUGAAACUAAACAAAACCAUGACGUUUACAAUUUCGUUGCAAAAACUAGGUUGGGAUACUUGUAUGUGGGUUGACUUAGGCGACAACAGUUCCCUUCUCGUGUACGGGGAAGCCUCUUGUGAAACUAAAAUCGAUGUCUCUCAAGUCAAUCCAAAUAUAAUGGAAGAACCACGAUUGAAGUUCUUUCCUAAAAAUUCGAACACCCAACAGAUUGUCAUCACCCAUGUUUAUCCUCGUUUUGGUUCCUAUGACGUCAGGUUGAACGCGUCAAAUGAUGUUUCCAUGGCAACAGAGAGUUUAGUCGCAGUCGUACUUGCCUUAGAAUGUCGCAACCCUAAUGUUACAAUUACAGGAUUACUUCCAAACAACUCCAAUUUACUGAACGCUGUCCAGGUCUAUCGAUCGUCCAUAGUCAUGCUUUCAACCGAAAAACAAAUAGACUGUGAAAUCACUCAGGACACGAAAGUAAUUUGGACAGUUCGCAAAUUCGACGACAAUGUCAAAGCGUUAAGCACUAUUCCCGGGCUAUCCCUUGCCAAUUUGCGGAAAUCAGUUUUUCAGGCGGAUAUCGCUGCUGCCGAUUUGUUGUUGCCUUCGCGUAAUUUCCAAUAUGGUUUCUAUGAGAUCAGCGUCCGGUUGGAGAUGGAAGGUCUGCCUGAUGUGUUUGGAAGUAGUUCGUUUUAUAUCGAAGUUGUCCAGACACCUUGGCUUGAAGCUGGCGUAACAAGCGGUUCGUUCUAUACCGUUCCUUAUGGAUUCAUGGGUUCUCUCAAUGCCUCGUCUUCGGUAGAUCCAGAUUUUCUCGGAACAGAUGGAAUGAAUUUCUCGUGGUACUGCAGAGAUGUUGACGACAACGAAUUUCUUCUUCCUGAACUGGAUAAAGAACCUUUGAUUGCGAUUCCUGAAAUUGAUGAGGAUGCGGAAGCUGGAGACGAAGUUCAUUCCAAUCUUGGUGGGUGCUUUGGAACAGGUCGGGGUCAAUUGAACACAACUGGAAUCUUUGUGGAAUUGGAUACUAGGGCGAUGAUAGAAGAUAAAACAUAUACGAUUUCUCUCGUGAUUUCGACCGACCAUCCGGAAUUUGGACUUCGACAAGACAUCACAAACAUUUUCUUUUACGUGGCCAAAGGUCUUCCUCCUGGCAUAAAAACAAGCUGUAAAAUGAACUGUAAGUCCAAAAUCAACACUGACGAGAAAAUUAUCCUCGAAUCAUUUUGUGAUGCUCGUUGUUACGGCGAAUUAACGUUCCUUUGGUCGCUCUACCUGUACGAUGACGUGAACACGCCGGAGCCUUAUAACUUAACGGAACUUAUUGAAAUCCCGAGAGAAGAGUUCAGUAACAUGACAUCCAACCCCGUUGAUGAGCUUGAUCUUGCUAUCAAACCGAAUUCUCUGAAAGAAAACAAGAAAUACAUCGCAGCAUUCCGGGCAAUACGACCUAGUGGUGUUGUUGGCGAGCUGAGAUACACUUUGCUCAUGAAUUCGCCUCCGGAAAGAGGAAACUGUUCGAUAUUCCCUUAUUCUGGCAUUGCGUUGGAAACGAAUUUCACGAUCACUUGUCAGGAUUGGAUAGACCCAGACCCUCCUCUGCUCAUUCAAUUCGCGUACAUUAACAACGGAGCAAGGGUGAUAUUCGCCUACCAAACAGUCGCUUCUGGCAAGGCAGCAACCGUUGUUGAUCGACUACCAGUCGGUGACGUAAUGAACGAUUUCAACCUCAACAUAAGUGUGCUAGUUCUAGAUGUCAUCGGAAGCAAGUCGGAGUAUAUUCUUACGGUCCAGGUUCGUCCUCCGCCUGAGAUGGCGGAUAUGGCGGAGUUGGAUAAGUUGAUGUCGGCAUAUUACAACAGCCUCGAACAGCUUCUUGACGCCGGAUUGAAUCAACAAGCAAUGAGUUUCAGUGCUUCCUUGGGAAUUUUACUGAAUUUAGAUGGCAACGGUACAGCAGCUGAUUCACAACAACAGGGAAAGAUUUCUACCCAGAUGCGUUUGAAAAUCCUGGAACAGCUGGUUGGCGCGAACAUCACGGCUGAGGAUAUUUUAUCAUUAAUGCAACAAAGUAUGCUUCUCAAUUUGAUAACAGAGAAAAAGGACGACUUGUUGCCCGAAGCUUUAGACUCUUCCAUUACGCUCUGCAGCUCACUUACACAAAGUUUAAAGGAACUAUCGAAUGGCGGUGCAGGAUUCAAAGAUACUAAAAAUGCUGCCAGUACAAUUGUCGGAACGUUAGGUCAAGUUAUUUCAAAAUCGUCCGAAAACGCAAAAAAUCUAUCUUCUGGCGAUCUAAAACAAUCGUCAGGGCAGGUGAAAAGGUCAAUGGCGCUUCUCAACACAGUUCAAGAUGUUCUCCUUGGCAAGCUUGUGACCAGCGAAGGUCCCUUGACGUUGGAAACACCAUCGUUGUCCAUUCAAGUUGAGAAAAUAAAGAUAAAAAGUAUUAGUGGUCACAAAAGCACUUUGGGAAAAUGCGGCUUCACUCCUCCUUCGCCACAAGGCCUUGGUUUUGAGGAAGUUACUCGGGAUCCAAACAACACAAUUCUUCAAAUGCAACCUCUUUCGAUCAAGAUGGGUGUGUUGAAAGACAAUUUAUUCACCUGGGACACAACAAGUGAAAACAUGGCUUCAAACGUUGUCGACAUUGUCCUUGAAUCAAAUUUGAACAUGUCCACGUCAAAUUUCACUGAAGAGGCUUUCAUUAAGGUGGCUCGUGAUCCAUCGAAAUUUCCUCCAGUCGAUGCGUUCUAUUUGAAACCGGGCGAAGAAAAUCACACGAGCGGAACCAAGGAGUUCCUGAAGUACCAUUGUUUGACACGAAAAAGCAAUUUUACAUCGAUAAACUUUGAUCUACAGCCUGAAGAUAUCGGGAUCAAGUUGGUUGUUUACAUGAAAAAAGGUGGCAGACCUAAUGUGGGAAACGAUGAAUAUGACAAAGCCUUUGAGCUUCCAGAUUUGUCCAGCUGUAAAAUAAGCCAUAACAGUGAACAGAAUUCAAAUCGUUCGCUAGACGAAGACUUGGUCUAUGUCGUUCCAUCAAAUUGUUCUCGAAACCCUUACACCUUGUUUGUGUCGAAUACGGGCUUAAAUGGGACGGGUGAAUAUUGUUUUGCCAUCCAAUACUUAAGUAAUUUAAACAAGACAGAUGACAAAAUGGCGUCUCGUAGACGUCGUUCAGUUUCGUGCGAAGUUGGCGCGAAAAGAGUCCGUCGGUCAUGUGUUAUUAUCCCUACACCUCCCCCUAAAACAACCAAUGCCCCUCCUAUUGAAAUCUUGGUAGCGGACAAUCUUGGCUUUGAUGGAAAAUUCUUUUUCCCCAACCAAACUCCAAACUACAAUCUCACGAUGUUUGAAUCGAGUUGUAUGCAUUGGAAUGUGGUAAAUGAGUCUUGGACAGGUGAAGGAUGCAGGGUAGCCUUGGGCACGAACAAGGAGCAAAUCAAUUGUUAUUGUAAUCAUUUGACAUCGUUUGGAAGUGACCUUCUCGUUGCGCCAAACCCAAUCGAUUUCGAUUCAGCUUUUAAAAACUUUGGCAGUCUUGCUGAAAAUGUUGCAGUGCUGGCUCUGAUAUCAACUAUCCUUGGCAUUUACAUCGUUGGUGUUGUCUGGGCAAGACGAGCAGAUAAAAGAGAUUUGUUAAUGGUUGGUCCAACUAUCCUCUCCAAACCUAAAGGAUCCUAUCGUUACCUCAUCACCACCUACACCGGCAGCAGACAGGGAGCAGGAACUACAGCUAGAGUCGUAUUUACGAUGAGUGGAGAGAAAGGUGAAACUGAACCUGUCAGGUUGAGAGACCGUCAUAGACCUUUCUUCGAACGUGGCCAAGAAAACGCCUUUGUUGUUUCAUACCCAAAGGGAGUUGGUGAACUUAUCCGUCUCAAAAUUUGGCACGACAACAGUGGCUCAUCACCGUCGUGGUAUCUUAGUCGCGUGCUGGUUAAAGAUCUUCAGACGGGGGAAACAUGGCCGUUGUUUUGUGAAAAUUGGUUGGCAGUUGAGUCGAAUGACGGCGAAGUAUGUCGGGUACUUCAUGUCGCUAGCGAGGAAGAGACCGUCAACUUCGGACAUUUGUUUUCAACGCGUGCGAUCAAAGGUCUGGCUGAUGGCCAUAUAUGGUUCUCGAUUGUCUCCAGGCCUCCGACCAGCAACUUCACGCGCGUCCAACGUCUGUCGUGCGCUCUUUGCCUGCUGUGUUGCACGAUGAUUACGAGCGCCAUGUUUUACAACAUGGGAGGCCAGGGUCCGAGUCCGUUUGCUGUUCAUCUCGGAUCGUUGGUCAUUGACUUAAAACCGUUCGUGAUUGGUCUACAGAGCAGUAUAAUAAUAGUCCCUGUAAAUGUGUUGAUCGUGCAAAUAUUUCGCAAUCUUCGACCAAAGGAAGCGGGGAAAUCCGAAAACAAAAACGAUGCAGUUCAAAAUGGUGAAGAAGAAGAAGACAAAGAAAAAGGACAGGCGUCAAAGGGAAGACUUCCUCACUGGUUCAUUUAUAUUGCUUAUGCGAUUUGCUACUUGGCUUCCAGUGCUUCUAUUUUCUUCACCUUGCUCUACAGCAUCCAGUGGGGAAAGGAAACGUCGACGGAAUGGGUAAUCGCAAUGGUAACAUCAUUUUUACAAUCUGUACUUCUUCUACAACCAAUCAAAGUUGUUGUUCUGGCCAUUGUGUUUGCAUUGAUCAUCCGCAAACCUACAGAUACUGAAGAAGAACAAACUCCGAUACCUUUGUCGGAAAAUCGAUCAACAGAGAUCAUUCCUACAAAGAAAAAGAUAAACAAAUUUUACAGCCCUCCAGAUCCAGAGAAACUACAAAAAGCAAGAAGAAAACGUCUGAAAGAAAUUAAAAUGGAUGCUGCUUUAACAGAAAUUUUCGCUUUCUUUGUUUUUCUCAUUCUGCUGAUGGAUGUCGCUCAAUAUCACAGGAAUCCCAACACAUUUUUGCUGACAAAGACAAUGUUUGAAACAUUUGAAGAAGUCGAUGCUUACGGAAUUGAUUUAUCUUCGAUCUCAGACGUCGAUUCGCUAUGGAUGUGGUCACGUGAGACACUGAUCCCAGGUCUUUACUCGAGUGAUGGGCAAAGUAAGGAUAAAAGUAAGAAAGGAUGGUUGGCGAAUAUGGAAGUCUAUCUGGUGGGAGUGCCACGCAUUAGACUUUUGCGUGUUAAGAAAGACUCAUGCACAGUACCAAAUCUUCUCGAGGACAUCAUUCCUCAUUGUUAUGGCGGAUAUUCGAUGUUGAACCAAGAUGAAGGAGACUACGGGGUCGGCUGGCUUCCGUUGCCCAACACUGCUUCGAGAAAACGCCGCGAUAUACUGCCGGGUACACAGACAGAGCGGGAGUGGUUUGAUCAUUUAAACAAUGGCGCAGAUGAAAAGUCUCGGAAGAAGAGAGCAAUUGAUCCCAUCCAAGGAGGGACAAGCGGUAAAAAACGUCGUAAAAAGCAUCGUCUCUUGUCAAGCCAGAAUCCUAAAACGUAUCGAAUCAUGGACAAAGCUCUGUUAUCUGGCGGCAGAAUUCUCUCGUGUCUCGAGAGAUGGCGUCAUCAAACGAUGUCGGAACUUCGUGGAUUUCCGUACUGGGGUACGAUCAGUAUGUACAGCGGCGGGGGUUACGCGGCGAAUCUUGGUUACGAUCAAGAGACUGCUUAUACAGUUGUUGCUGACUUGCAUUCGAAUGGUUGGUUGAAUGCUCAAACACGCGCUAUCUUUGUCGAAUUCACCGUGUACAACGCAAACACGAACCUCUUUGGGAUGUUGUCCAUCUUCAUCGAAUUUCCACCUUCGUCUGGAGCGGUAACGAAAGUCCAAUACGAAUCAGCAAGAUUUUACUUGCAGCUCACAGGCGGACAAACGUUAGCCCACGUUCUGGUCAUAUUCUUCAUGAUAUACUUCCUCUAUCGAGAAGUAAAAGUUCUUCGUAAACAGCGCUGGGCUUACUUCAAAGGUUUCUGGAAUUGGAUUGAAGUUAUUCUCAUUCUCAGCGAGUUCUUGCUGAUCGUUCUCUUCUUGGCGCGUUUGUACGAGGUUGACAGAAAUCUUCUUCAGCUAAGAGAGAAUCCAAACGAUUACGUCGGUUUCCAAUAUGCAGGAAACGUUGAUGCUCUGAUGACGUACGUCAUUGGCGUCCUGGUAUUCUUCUACAUUUUACGUUUCCUGCGUUUGUUGAGAUUCAACAAGAACUUCCUUGUGAUUGGAAAGACUUUGUCUCGAAUCAGCGCACCAAUCUUGAACUUCUGCAUCCCAUUCGUAUUUGGCUUCCUCGCGUUCGCCCUUUUUGCUUUCUCCGUUUUUAGCUCUGAACUUGAGGAUUACAGUUCCUUCUCGAGAACACUGGUCACGCAACUAAGCAUGACUUUGGGAGAUUUUGAUUUCGAGGCUUUGUUUAUGGUCGACCCGGUCCUAGCGACACUUUAUUUCUUUUCCUUUAUCGGAUUAAACGUGAUGGUGCUCAUGAACAUGUUCAUAGCAAUCAUCAACGACUCCUAUGCUGAAAUUCAAGAGGAAACCAGCGAAAUUGAGAACGAGUUGGAGAUACUGGAACACGUGAACGAGAAAUAUAUAAAAGGUGUCUACCGACAGCUACGCCGUGUCAAAGUUUCGCCUCAAAAUGGAUCAAAGAAGAAACGAAAGCGUAAAACGAAGGUUGAAUCUGUGGAACCCGACGAGCCAUACAUAGCUGAGCUUAAGUCGCGUGAAGAAAGAUUGUCGGAGUUAGUUGAAACAGCAGAUUUAGGACUUGAACAAGAUGAGGCUAUUCAUAUUCAAUUUUGUGAUGUUCCUGACGAAAAGAAGGAUGUUUAUUUCCGAGUUUUGUGCUUGAUGGAACUCAUUGAUGGUGAAGUUGAAUCAGAUGAAGAAGAAUGGGGAAGCACUAGCGAUGAGAGCAACACAGAGUCUAUGAACUCCGACUAG